AGAAUGGGCAAUCAAGGAGACCAAUGUCAACUGGUACCAAUGUUGCACAAGAGCAACAAGCGGGUUCUCCACGCCUCGGGACAACAACAAGCAGCCUGUCGCUCCAACAGGAGAGCACUACGCGAGGUAGUACAGCGGAUCCUCUGCUCGAAAUGGUGCGACGAGAAGACGUUGAGGAAUAUCGCGGGGCACGGGUGCAGGCGUUGCAGCAUUCUUCAUCCACUCUGGGUGGGACUCAAUCUACUGGAUUCACAGGAGAUGCUGGCGCUGCGACUGCGAGCGAAGAUCAACAGUCGAUGCAUUCCACGUCUAAGCAGCUUGAGAACUCACGUUCGGAGCAGCGC